CAGAUGGGGAAGAGGUGGGGUUAAAAAGAAGAUACACUUCAUUCAAGCUUUACUGCUCUAUGGGCUAUGGUAGUCUGCAUAUCGUGAUAUCUUGACUUGACUUGUUGCCAUUUUUUCCCCUUUUUUCUUGGAUAUAAAUGACUGAUUGCCAAAUGGUUUCCUCAGAUUUUACCGCAGAUGAGAAGAUGGAGAUUGAGAACAUCAAGUCGCAUAAGAAAGACCUUCUGGAAGAUAUCCAGAAGUUAAAGAUGGAAAUAGACAACGUCAUGGCGGAAAUACUCAGCUUUGAGUCUGCAGAGGAAAACAAGAUCAUAGAGAAGAGCAAACGGUCCUCAAAUGGGAAAAAGAAAUUCAACAUGGAUCCCAAAAAGGGUAUCAAUUACCUGGUGGAGAAUAAGCUGCUGGAUGGAAGUGCUCAAUCCAUCGCUGAGUUCCUUUACAAGGAGGAGGGACUCAACAAGACAGCUAUUGGAGAAUUUCUUGGAGAAAGGGAGGAGCUCCACCUCCAGACCCUGAAGGCCUUUGUGGAGCUGCACGAGUUCUCAGACCUCAACCUGGUGCAAGCCCUCAGACAGUUCUUGUGGAGUUUCCGUCUGCCCGGUGAAGCCCAGAAGAUCGACCGCAUGAUGGAGGCCUUCGCCACACGCUACUGUGACUGUAACACUCAAGUCUUCCAGUCAACCGACACAUGCUACAUCCUGUCGUUUGCCAUCAUCAUGCUCAACACCAGCCUUCACAACCCCAAUGUAAAGGACAAGACCACUCUGGAGCGUUUCAUCUCCAUGAACAGAGGCAUCAACAAUGGAGGGAAUCUACCUGAUGACCUGCUCUCGAAACUGUAUGAGAGCAUUCGCAAUGAGCCUUUCAAAAUCCCAGAGGAUGAUGGGAAUGAUCUGACUCACACCUUCUUCAACCCUGACAGAGAAGGCUGGCUCCUCAAACUUGGAGGCCGGGUUAAGACGUGGAAGAGGCGAUGGUUCAUCCUGACUGACAACUGCCUCUACUACUUUGAGUUCACCACUGAUAAAGAGCCCAGAGGCAUCAUCCCUCUAGAAAACCUCUGUGUGAGAGAAGUGCCAUAUCCUCGAAAACCAUACUGUCUGGAGCUGUACAACCCCAACAGUCGAGGGCAAAAGAUCAAAGCAUGUAAAACGGAGACAGACGGCAGAGUUGUGGAGGGGAAGCACCAGUCCUACACCAUCUGUGCUGCCAGUGCAGAGGAGAGGGACGCCUGGAUCGAGGCCAUCAGAGCGAGUAUCACCAAGGAUCCAUUCUACGACUUGGUCUCAGUCCGUAAGAAGAAGGUGAUAAACCAAGCUCCGCAGGACUGAGCUGUCUAACGUCCCUCCCAUGGACGUCUAUGGAAGUGCGCCACAGUAGGACCAAGUCCCACUUUUAAGUUGAGCGAGGACAGCGGACACUAGACACUGACUGUGGCUGUUCAGGCUAAAAGAGGGAUUCUCUUUCCACUUCUCUUUUCACAGGCUGGACUAAACUGUGUCAAAGGAGAAAACAUUGACUCACUUUAGUUCCUCUCACCGUCAGUCUGACAAGCUUCAAAGAAUCUAUCGACAAAAUGGUGUUAGUAGGACCUGAAUCUCUGUCAUACAUGUUGUGGAUACAGCUGUGUGUGGAUAGUUGUGUUUUUCUUUCUAAUACUUAAUAACUUCUGGCUUCAUGAGAUUUAGUUUCUAGGAUCAGGAAGACAAAUUAAGCAUGUGAUGUCCCAGCAGUUUUAUAUAAAAGGCAAGAGGCAUUUCUCAGCUGCGUAACAGUUCUCAUAAGGCUCAAAAAAACAAGUAAACAGCUUCACUCUUGUCUGUAGGGUCUUGGAUGUAAAGAGAGCUCCACACCAUUGUGUGUCAAGUGUCAUCUGAAGAUGAUUGUUUUUGCUUCAUGUUGUAAAUAUACAGUAGAUAUAUUUUCAAGCAUUUUGAGGAAUUCAUUUUAUUGUUGUUGUACAUUUUCUCAUACUUUAUAGAGCAAUAGAACAAUUGUAUAAUUUAUCUACCUUUAGUAGCACAGUGCAAUACGUGCAAUAAGAAUUCUAUCUGCUUUGAUUUAACUGCAAUGUACGCACUGUAGGCAUAUGUACUGUAUUUGUUAUAUUCUCAUGAAUUAAUUAUUUAAUAAAAAAAAAAACAAAAAA